AUGAAGCGAGCCGGGCGAAUCGCUUGGACUAAUGUUUGCCUUCCCGGUGCUCGCAGGUGUUUUGCUAAGUCUCUACCCUCCACUUCUUGCUGUCGUCGAACUUCCCUUCAGUCAGCUCUGGGAACUACAGCAGUGCUGCGUCGAACGGUAAUUUCGUCAGCGCAGUGGACAUGCACCCCGAGAGUGUUUCCCACCUCGGGGGUCAAGUUGCUGGACCAGUCCGCUGAGCUUGACGAGGAGACACUGCCGAAUUACCAACCCGAGAAAUACUACCUAGUCACCCAGGGUGAAGUACUCAAUGAUCGGUAUCAAACCCUUGCCAAACUAGGAUACGGAGUCACUUCCACAGUUUGGCUGGCGAAAGACUUGGUUGCAUCGACAUAUGUGGUUUUAAAGGUCUACGUCACGGGCCAGAACCGGGACCUUGAGCGAGAACUAGACAUUUACAAGCGCAUUAAUUCGCUUCUCAACUAUUUUCAUCUCCAGGGCCCUCAUGGCUGUCACGCCUGUCUUGUUCACGAGCCUCUCGGAAUGACUGCAGAUUUUCUAGCAAGGAUGGCUCCUCGGAACGAAAAAACCCUUGAUUUCAUGAAGCCUGCUAUCCGACAGCUACUCGUCGCCCUGGAUUUCCUGCAUUCAGAGUGCCAUAUCAUCCAUACAGAUCGAACGAUCUACAAGUCUUUAGGUUUUCUCUCUCCGGGCGGACUGCCAAUUCUCGCUGAUUUUGGAGAAGCUCGAUUUGGCGAUAAAAAGCAGAAUGGCGAUAUUAUGCCGAAUGUUUAUAGAGCUCCGGAAGUGAUUUUAAGGUCGUGCUGGGACUAUAAGGUAGAUAUAUGGAAUAUUGCUAUGGUUGUGAAUAUUGUCAGCUCUCGCACCCUGAUCAAUGGCAAAAAUCCAGAUGGCAUAUUUGAUGAUCGGGUCCAUAUAGCAGAACUGAUAGCUCUGCUAGGCCCUCCGACCCCCGAAUUCCGGGAACAGAGACACCUCAGCUCAGCCUUCUGGGAUAAGUCGGGGAAGUGGAAGGAGGUUGCCUCUAUUCCAGAUAUUACCCUUGAGAGCCUGGCCUCGGAGGUGGAAGGGGAAGGUAAAGAGGGGUUUUUCCAGUGGCUCCGGAUGGCCUUGCAGUGGAACCCCGACGACCGGGCCACGGCUUUGGAACUCUUGUUCGACGAGUGGAUGAUGAAGGGGCUGUGA